AGAUUUGAGGGAUUAAUACCGCCCGCGCUGGCGCCAUUCGCUUCCACAGGAGAGCGGCGCGUGUCUACAGUAGGUAGCUCAGGGUCCCCGUGCAACGCUCGUCUCCGCACCUGAGACAUACACGGAUUGGAUCGUGACUGAUUUUGUAGGACUUAAAACUGCUUGGCGAGCCGGGACACCGAGUGCUUACUAAAGUCAUGUCGAAGCGGGGAGCGAGCGCAUCUGCCGCCCGCGGGGCGGGGAUCAGGGUAGGGUGCCCCCCGGGAACGAGGCGGUCGUGGGGAGCCAGGCUUCAACUCCAGAGCUCCGGCUAUGCGCUCCGAAAAGCCAAGAGCCAUGUCUUCGUUGCCUUAAGUAUGCUGCUGCUGGUUCCAGCUGACUCGGCUGUAAUCCGCCUGCAAGACAGGAUCGGCAAACUGUGGUGGGAGUUGUGCCCAGCAGGCUAUCACAUGUUAUUAACUACUGGAGAUUGUAUCCUAUGCUCAUAUGGAGUGGAUUAUACCAACCAUUCCAACGACUUACCUUCUUGCUUACCGUGUACGGUUUGUAAACCAGAUGAAGAUGAGAUAAGUCCGUGCAUCCUCACCAGAGACACGGCCUGUCGAUGCAAAGCUGGUACUUUCCUUGGAAGCGAUGCCCCUGAGAUCUGCCAGAAGUGCAGCCCCGGGUGCCCUGAUGGGAUGGUUCAGGACAGUCCCUGUACCCCCUGGAGUAACUUGAAGUGUGUCCCCAGAGAAGCAGGUACCAAAGCCACUGGAGAAGCUACAGUUUCUGGAGAGCCAGUGGCCAGUGGCCCGAAGACUCCCACUACUGCCUCUCCUUCCUCAGGCUUUGGAAACCUUGAGAUCUGGAUCAGGAUCUGGAUCGGGCUUGGGAUUGGGCUCUGGAUCGUAAUGGUUAUGUUGGUGCUUCUUCGGAGGCGCAUUAUUCAAGGUUGUGGAGUGGUCUCCAAAUUCGUUAACAGAGUCUUGUUCGGGCAGCCGUGCUCCAGAAAAGGGCCUGAGGCUCAUGACAAUGCUCACAACGAGGCCCUGAGCAACAGGGAAUCACAGCCCAGGCUGGACCCUGAGCUGGAAAGGGAAGGCCAGGAGGAGCAGGCUGGGGUAACAGGUGCCAUGAGACAGACCCCAGUGGAUGCACAGCCUCUCCUGGGACAUCCAAAUGCUGAAGGGUCUCAGAUGAGAAGGAUGCUGCUGGUUCCAGCAAAUGGUGCAGACCCCACUGAAACUCUAAAGGCAUUCUUUGAUUACUUUAUAAGUGUAGUGCCCUUUUGUUCCUGGAACGCAGUCAUGCGGAGGAUGGGCCUCACAGACAAUGAGAUCCACGUGGCCAGAGCCAGUGCAGUGGGCCCCAAAGAAGAGCCCUACAAGGUGCUGGUCCAGUGGCUCCACAAGACAGGGAAGGCUGCCUCCAUCAACACCCUGCUGGAUGCCUUGGAAGCAGUAGGAGAAAGAAAUGCAAGAGAGACAAUUCAGGACUACCUGGUGGACUCCGGAAAUUACACCUUUGAAGAAGACAGGGCAGACAACCGAUGAUGUGUGCACGGGAAUGAAAGAAUUGCUUCUUGAAAUCACUUUGGACUGAGCCUGGACUAAAUAGGCAAAAAUUUAAUGUGAACAGUUCAUGAAGAAAUUCUGCCAUCAGAUAUCAUACAGCAGUUAGAAUGUUGUAGAACUCCUUUUGCAAUAGUUUUUAUGAAAUAUUGGCAAUGAUAAGCAAACUGUAGAAGUGUAUGAUUCUACUUGUAGUAUACUUGUACGUUUCUGUGGGUAUGACAGUUGUUUUUAAGACCUCAUUCUUUUCAACCGAUGGCAGUUUACAUCAUCAUAGAAAAAAUUUUUUAACUUAUAUUUAUUAUAUUGCAAGAUCCAUGUAUGUUGCUAUAUUUGCAUUUAAUUGUAUCUAGUAUUCUUGGGUGACACAGUUAAGUGCUCAGCUAUUAACUGAAAGGUUGGCGGUUCUAACCCACCCGGAAGAGCCUCAGAAGAAAUGUCUUGCGAUCUGCUUCUGAAAGGUAACAGAACCCUGUGGGGCACAGUUCUACUCUGACAUACGUAGGUCGCCAUGAGUUGGAAUCGACUCAGUGGCAAUUUGUAGUGGUAGUAUUCCUUAAUACCGUAUGAUAUGGAUCUUUCUGUUUUUAUAUUUUUGUGUAUUAUAGGAACAUGGGAAAAAAUGGAUAUUUAACUAGUUUGAUUACUAAGUUUACCUGAAAGAGAGCAGAGAACCAAAAAACAAGUAGAAAGAAAAAAGUUUGGGAUGGAAUAUACGCUAAUCUGUAUGUUUGCACUAUUGUGUUCCAGUUUCCUUCAAAUGCGCUUUGAGCCCAGCCAGGUCUGGAUGCCUGGCUGCUUUUAAAGACCAAUCUUUGAAACUUGACAAUUUUAUAGGUAUAUGAUUAUUUAUUUAUAGGUAGAUGUUUAUAAGUGAUCAGGAAGUUGAGUUGUGGUAUGCAUGUGAAGCCCAUGUUUCUGGCUUGUCCCUGAGCUGGGCAGUCAGCUUGGGCCUCCAUUUCCUCAUCUGUGCCCAGGGUUGAGGAGAGUGAGACAUAGGGUUAGAUCCGAGAUGACAAGUGGGGUUUCUUUCAUGUGUCAUUUCUGAUGAAUGUUGGUAGCUGUGCAGGAUGCCAUGUUGAGAACUUUAGCCGCGUCUCAGCUCAGGAGAGAGGGUGUGGUGAUCUUUUCCUGAUGUCUGGCAUGGUUACAAGGAGAAGAGUGAUCAAUACACAUGAUUUGUGCUACAUGUUUGCUGAGGACCAAGUGAUCUUUCUCACUUCUAAUGGUCUGUGAAUCAGAGCCCCCGAGCUGCUGUUUGGGGUCUGGAUUGCCUACCUGAGGAGCUUAGCCCCUCUGUAAGCAUCUGACUUUUACAUAAAAGAGUUACGCAUAAUCAGCCAAUUCUGAAAUACUCAGAAUGAACCCUAGAAAUGGUUGAUACAUUAGAGUUUUGACCUUUUAUUGUUUUGUUGUAUUUUUUUUAAAUCCUUGGUACCUAUUUAAGUUCUCCUUUGCCAGACCUUUCUCCAUUGUGUUCCAGGUAUGGCAGGAUAAUUUUAUUGAGGUAGCAAUUCUGGGGGGGUGGCAGUUGGUCUUUUUCAUCUCAAGGCUCUGUGUAUUGUCUUGUUCCAGAGGAUGGUAUGACUGAGCUAAAAAACAGAAUUUCCUGAAAAUGUAGGCAUAUUAAGGUAUUCUUGUUUCGCUGAGUUUUGGGGAGGUGCAAGGCCCGAGGUUACUCUGGUGCUAAAAUAUUUUUCUUUUUACUUCUGAGACCCAGAUGGGCUGGCCACAGUUCAUUAUGUGGAACUCACAAUGUUUCCUGUCUCAUUGUGUUUGCAUUUCCUGUUCCUCUGAGCAGAACACUCUGCCCUCAUAUCUUUAGAUGGACCCACGUACUUUUGUCAGUAAGGUUGCAGCUCAUUUAUCCCAUUGUUAGAGGACUUCCUUGACUGCCCAUCUAAAGUAUUGGCUUUACUAGCCUCACCAGUGUUUGUCACGUUUACUCGUUUAUUUACUUGUCUAUUGUAUUUCUUUCACUAGAAAGUAAGCUUCAUGGGAAUAUGAAAAUAUUUGUUGAGUUUUGUUGUUUUAUAUCCAUUCCAGAUAGCACCUAACAUGUGAUAUGCACUUCAUCUUUUUUUAAUGGUUGAGUAUGAUUUCAUGCAGCUCCCUGCUGGAAGAUUCUCUCUGGGAAGAGUUCGUCGGCAAUAUCAAACAAUACAAGGCAGUCCAUUAGGUACAAAAUACUUAUGUAUUUAUGAAUUCAUGGCUAAAUUAAAUAUGAAAUCUUAUAAAAAGAGGUGUGUUUUUUUUUCUCCCCCAUCUUCCCAGUCUCCCUCCGAAACAGCUCUGAAUGACUUGAGUACAGGAGUACAUAGUCUUGCUCUGUAACUCACUGCUUCUCUUCCCCCUUUAUGCCUUCAGGCUUUCCCUCCAUGGGUGUUUCAUGCUUUUGCGUCCCCUGAAUUUCAAAGUGCAGGUUCACGGGGGGGAUUGGAAUUCAGCACCUCCUCCCCCUCCCUCUGCUGCCUGUCUGUCCCUUCUGGGGAGAGGAGACACCAGCUUUGGCCUGGCUCCUCCAUAGCCUCCAAGGGUGGUUUCUCUGGGUUGCACCUGGGGCUGCUGGGCUCCCGUGCGGUGUAGAUUGGCUCUGACAGAGCAGUUGGGGAAGGGGUGGUGGAUCCCUGAGGGGGUUAGCUGGCCCUGGUUGUUGGGGUAGUUCUGUGGCCACUCUCCUAUCUGCUUCCUCCAGCUCCUUGACCAACCUUCACUUUCUCUCCCCCACUGGCCUCUUCUCCAUCCUUAUCAGUGGACUGAUUGCUCAGCCUGCAAGCAGCCUGGGAGUUCCCCUCCCCCUUGCUCUUUAGGACACGACUCUACCCCUCACC